UACAAUGAUGUCAAUAGUUGGCGCUGGUCCUUAAAUGAGGUCCUGCUGAAGAACAGCAUUUUUACCAAUUGGAUGCCUGGAGAGCCGAAUAAUAACUAUGGGGAAGAAUCGUGUUGUGUAAUAAUGAAUACAACUGGAUACUGGGCUGAUAAACCAUGUGCAGAUCUAAAGCCUUUCAUAUGCUACGACGAUAAUCUCAGUGGAGCUGACAGGUUUAUCGGUGUGGCUAGUCCUCUGCUAAACUGGGCUGGAGCUCAGACUUACUGCCGAACACAUCACACAGACUUCUCCAGCUCUCUUACCAGCUCAGAUAAUGACUUCAUAACACAGGUGACGACUAUCCAGGGGGAUUCCUGGUUUGGGCUGUACAGAGAGACGUGGAAGUGGUUAAACAACACCAAGACUUCAAACCUCCCAUGGUAUAAUGGACAACCCAAUAAUUACUAUGGCUCAGAUAACUGUGGAGCAUUCUAUAAAGGGCUGUAUUCCCUGAUUGAUGACCCAUGCACUUCUCAGUACUAUUUCUUCUGUUACACCAAUUCCCCCGUGAGAAAACAGGUGAUGAGGCUGCAGGUGAAGUCUGAUGGAAGUGUGUUUGAUCCUGCUGUGCAGUCGUCCAUUUUAGAGCAGAUGAAAAAGAAACUGGAGGAACAUGUCAUGUUCAAGAACAUCACACUGUCCUGGAAGUUGCAACCAGAUGGGAAUAUCUUCUAUAAGAAAAAAAAAGCACGGCCUGUAAUGCCUAAAUGUUGAACAUGUACAAUGAACAUAGUUUACUGUUACAUGUUUACUGUUGUAGUAAAUCAAUUAUGUAGUAAAUCAUUUAUAUUUAAUUUUUGAAAAUGAUGAUGCAACUUAACAACCUGUGUGUAUUUGAACAUUUCAAAUAUUAUAUACUUUCCACUAUUGUGCAAUUUCUAAUUUUUAGCUUUUAGCUUUAUAUAGAUCUAUUAUUAUUGUUAUUAAUGUGCCGCGAUAUGAAGCGCUGAUAACACAAACUACAGAUCCCAUAAUGCCGCGCUUCAGCUGCCUUACUGAACACUAGACUACCUGAGAACAUUCCAGCGUCAAUCAAGUCGAGCUUCUGUUGAUGUAUUUAACCCUAUUGUACAGUUAUUGUGAAACAGCGCCUUUCAAAACAGAUGGGUUUCUGAUUAGAUGGACGUGUGUUAUUAGUGAAACGAAUGUGACUGUAAUUAAGGAAUUGAAUCUGAGACGGAACUACGAGACAAAACAUCAGGAGAAGCUGAAAAACCUGAAUGCAGAGGAG